UUUUCUUUCCAACCAUCUCGAUCUCUUUCCACCUCCUCGUCGGAUUUUAUCCCUUUAAAGCCAAGCCCUCGGCCAAACUCAACACUCUCUUUUUCUCUUCCGAGUCAACACCCACACUCCACUUACAGCCAGCCGAAACAAGCUACUUCCCACCGCCAACCACACAAAAUGGAUAUCGCCCGCUCCAUCGCUGCCCCAGCUGCCCCAGCUGCCCUACGACUUGCCGAACAAGCAAUCGCCCCAGGUCUAGCGAACGCAGCGGCCGUCGGCGCAGCCACAGCCGCCUACAAGUUGGCGUCCGCCAACCCAGCCGCCGUCGCCUGUGGUGUUGUGGCCGUGGGCGGUUUGGCCAUCGUCGCCGCACCAGCUGUCAUCACGAGCCCCGUGCUAGCCGUCGCCGGCUUUACCCCGGUUGGUCCUGCUGCCGGAACAAUCGCGGCAACCGUUCAGACUGCAAACGUUGCAGCUGGAGGUGUCUUUGCUACCAUGCAAAGUGCCGCCAUGGGGGGAUACGGCGUUGCGGUGGUUGCUGGCGUUGGUCAGGUAGUUGGAGGUGUGGUUGCCGCUGUGGGAGGUGCUGGAGCUGCAGCUCUUGCGUAAAAGAACUGAGAACUGAGGGCGGGCUUUGUAAACCGGGAAUGGGGAAGGGAUAGAGAGGGUGUUUGUAUUAUCCCGAACAGUGCGCUGAGAACAAUAAAGCUGUUACAGUGGGCUCAUGGAUCCGUGAUGUUCACAAAAAG